AUGUGUUUUUGUGAGAGUUUAGAUAGGUUCCGAUAUUCCUUCUUCUUACUUCAGACUGGAUGGGCAUUCAAUCAUAUAGAAAAGAAGAGAGGUUUGUACAAGCCAAAGCACACAAUCGAAGAGCAAAUAGCUUAUAUGAACAGUAAAGCUUUCCAAAAUGCCUAUCAAGGAUUACCAAUUUAUCGCUGGUAUAGGAGGAAUUUCAAGGGACAAUCAAUUCUACAACCUCCACCUCGUCUUUUCUGCAUAGAUAGAUAUGGACGUUUUAAUAUAAACAAUGCAUGCCCAGUGUGCCGUGAUGAGUACUUAUUCUUUGACUUCCGAAAUCCUGCUCUUAUCGAGCAAUUUCUCUCCGACGGUACUCAUCAACCGAUCGAUAUUUUGAAGAGUGGUCUCUGUCGAGAGCAGUACGCUAUGUUAAGAGCUCAGCUACUCGCAGCGAAAGAACACGGCACUAUUACAUUUGGUGUUAAUUUUCGCAAUUUCGACUUUCGAGAAUGGUAUAAGGACUGGAAACAGUUACCGAUGCCUGAGGUAGAACGUGCCGGGAUUCGUCUUCAGGAUAUCCACCCUGACCCACUGGUGGCGUUUCCAGUUUUCAAGCGCGAUUUCAACAACGAUUGGGACCAGUGGUGGCUUCGACAUGAUAAAUUUGCUCGGAAGGCGAAGUGA